CUUAAUUGGUUAUAUAUGUUCCUAUCUCCGUCGUGUGCGGGUCCCACGGGUGUUGCGCAAAGGCCGCCUUCGCGCGUCAGCCCACGGGCAGCCGGCACUGCAGCGGGACGGCGGGGGACAGCCGGCACCUGCGGGCAGGAGCCGCGGGUCCCUCCUGACGGUGAAGCGCUGCCUACAGCCCCUCCGGGCGCGCAUUGUCCCCGCCACCGGACCCAGCUACGGCUGCUGUUUGGGAUGCUGUAUCCUGCAUAUUACUCAUACAAAGCUGUGAAGACAAAAAAUGUGAAGGAAUAUGUUCGCUGGAUGAUGUAUUGGAUUGUGUUUGCUCUUUAUACAGUUACUGAAACAAUAACUGACCUAACAGUCUCUUGGUUUCCACUGUACUAUGAACUGAAGAUAGCUUUUGUUAUUUGGCUCCUUUCCCCAUAUACUAGAGGGGCAAGUUUAAUCUACAGAAAGUUUCUCCACCCACUUCUUUCUUCUAAAGAAAGGGAGAUUGAUGAGUACAUCGUACAAGCCAAAGAAAGAGGCUACGAGACCAUGGUGAAUUUUGGGAGGCAAGGGUUGAAUUUGGCAGCAACUGCUGCAGUGACAGCAGCUGUAAAGAGUCAAGGUGCGAUAACUGAGAAACUGAGAAGUUUCAGUAUGCAUGAUUUGACUUCUAUACAAGGAGACGAGCCAGUAGGACAGAGAGCCUGUCAGCCCUUACCAGAAGCAAAAAAGAAAACCAGAGCCUCUGCAAGUGAAUCUUCAGGUUACAAAAAUCCACUGGAAAAAAAUCCUGGUGAUGAUAGAACAGAUGAAGAGAUGGAGGGGACACAUUCAGAGGAUGAAGCAUUUGCUCAGAGGGGCCUUCGAAGAACUCAGAGCAUGAAAUCUGUGAAAAGUAUUAAAGGCCGUAAAGAGAUACGGUAUGGAUCACUGAAAUACAGAGUGAAGAAGAGGCCCGCUGUGUACUUCUAAGUGUAUUGGCGCAAUGCCUGCAAGACAAACUGCUGUAUUAUAAUGACUUGAAUUGAGUGUGUCAAGUGUUAAAGAUCUGUGUAUGAUUCAUAUAAUGAGUAGAUAUGAAUAGAUAUGGUAGGACUUGGUUUUAUGAACCUAAAUGGUCGGAUAAAGUAUUACUCUGCUUUUCUAUAAUUGCUUAUUGUUUAGACUUAAAUCUUUGUCAAGUUACAGUAGGAAUUUCAGCACUCCUUAAAUGGGAAUUAAAUGAGUAAUAGGAAACAGCCUUUUUCCAGAGGUACCAAACAGACCGAAAUAAUUACAACUCCAAUUGAAUUAACAGAAGUUGUAAGUACUUGGAGCUUGUGAAAACUGAACCUAUAGUGUCUCCAGGUUUACACAGAACAAUAGGUAUAAUUGAAAUAUUUUUUCUCAACUACAAUUCCUGAAAAGGCCUGUGUGUAAUUUAAAAAUGUACAGUUUAAAGGACAGUGGAUGAUGGUGGGGAAGGAAAAGGAAAGAUGAUGUAGAUAUGGUACAUCCUUAGGAUGAUCUUCUUGCAUCAUAUUGCCAAGCUUAACAAAUUUAUAUAAUACUAAUAGGUGCAAACUGGGGGUACAUUUAGCACUUUAUGCAAAACUGUAUAGUUUUGCACAUUCUUACUGAUUUACAGCUGCACAUGUCAUUUUAGUGACUUCUUAGGUUAGACUUAUCUUUUGAAUUCCAGCAAUUCUUGUAUUUAAUGAUCUUUUUUAAAUUAAUCUUGAUUGCUUAAGAACACUUAGGAUGCUGUAGAUAACUGCUACUAACACUUAAUAUUAUCAGGUGCCUUUCUAUGUACUACAAGGCUGUGUGGGGUUUUUUUGUCUGUGUGGCUGGUUUGGUUUUUGUUGCUUUGUUUAGGUCUUUCUCCUUCACCUACAGAGAUGUAACAUGAUUUAAUUCAGUUUUUGGUUUAAAUGGUGGUAACUAAAACUUAUAGCAGUUCCAGUGAUAGACCUCAGGGAUCUGAUCAGCCCAUCAGCUGUCUAUUAGAAGUCAUGCUGAGAUGAAGGCAUGUAUGAUAGAUUAUUCAGGCCCUGGUUUGGUUUUGCUCUGCAUUGCUUUAAGAAUGAAUAUAUAUAUAUAUAUAUAUAUAUAUAUAUUAGAACACGUAUGUGUGUAUAUUUCAUAUCAGAUGUGGAUUCUACAAUUGGCUGUGUAGGAGUUUCUUUUAUUGCUCAAGGUCUAUACUAAAAUAUUUACUUACAAAUAGCUUUUUCUAAAAGUCUAGUUGAUUUAGUCAGCCAUUUUAUAACGUAGAGUCCACGGCAUCACUCUUUGCAUAGAGAUUAAUUUUGGAAUACCACUCAACACAGGGACUUGUCAAAAUGACUUUUUGAAGUCUCCUUUGGUUCUGUUUUCUACAAUUCUAAGAAUUAGGCUGACUUCAGUUUUCCGUCUGUCCAUAUUUCUGUUGUGCGUUCAGGGAGAAAACAUCCGCUUUUUGUAGAUAGUAUUUUAUUACUUGGCAUGGGGAGAAAGGCUGUUACUUUUGGAAGGAAAGCGGCGUGUGAUCCCUCUUCUCCUUGGAUCUCGAACUCCAGUCCUUAGACCUUCCCCCAGGUAUGAGAGCCAGCUGCAAGUCUACUGCAGCACUUUAAAACAUAUUCUUAAGGCUUGAGCCUGCUGCAGUUCUUUUUCUUUCUAUUACAGCAGCAGCGGGGUCAUGGCCGCUAGGCCUGCUUGAUGGCCUGUUGAUAAAUAUUGGGUUUGAAGUUGUCUUCUGGAGACUUUGGGCCAGGGUUUGAAUUGUGUGGAUAAACAUGCAGCUGGUCUGUAUUGGCAUUGUGUUACUUACUAUUGUAGGUGUUUGCAAGCCAAGUGCAAAGCCUUGGUCAAAUACAAUAAUACCGAUGGCAUAGUGCUUCUGGCAUCUCUGAGGAAGUUAAAUGCUUUAGGAAGAAGUUGCAACAGUCAGUAUGUGAUUAAAAGGCCAAAGCUUGUAUUACUUUACUCAAAUAUGCAGUUUCAUACCAGAAGACCGGAAGGCUGCUCUCUUCCAAAUGAGGAUAGUGCUAAAAUCGUAUCCUCUAACCAAAACUGCACCUUGUGAUCCAGCUUUUUUAUGGAGCUGUUUGAGGGGGAGGCAGUGAUCAGAAAGGCUGCCUCCCUGGGGCAUGGCUCAUCUCUUGUGCCCCAGGAAUGUUUGUGCUUCUCAUCCACUUCCCUGAGCGCAGGGAAAGGCUGGCUGUGUGUUCAGGUAUAUAAGACAUUAGAGGAAACUGGGGCUUUUGUAUUUGUAUCUCACCCCUCUUUGAAAAUGAGACUAACCGGGGCCUUGGUUGGAAUCUCUAAUUCUUACUUUCCAGUUGAGCAUCCUCCUUGAGCACUUGCUGCCACAUCUUGCUUUAACUCAUCGUGUUUGUUUUAUCAGCAAGCAUGCCAAUGAAAUUGCCAUCUUCCUGCAAGGAGGAGCAGGAUAAAGCUCUUCUUUCAGAGUUACAGUUCCUGUUACAAGUUCACGGUAGAUCCUGUUUUGGGGGCUGUGUUAUUUUCACGCUGCCAGGGCUAGAGAUCGUUUGAGUAGUUGAGGCUCUACCACACUCAUCAUGGUCAGUAAGUUGCUCUACUUGUUGUGAUGUACUUGAGGCUAUACAUUCUGGCAGAUUUAAUUUGCUAAUUAAGUAGUGACAGAGGCUAAAUAAACUCUCCUUUUUCUGAACUAUGCAUGGAACUAGGAAAGCUGGCAGAAUUAUUCAUAUUCAUUACUGUUUGCAUAUAAAUUUACUUGCAUUCUCUCAGAUAUUAUCUUAAGUGAUAAAACUUCCAGUGCUUUUCUAGCUGUUGUUUUCCAUCUAAUAUCCUACUGUAAAAUUAUUUUUGUGACAGUUUGAUUUUGCUCUUGGAAUUAAUCUUGGAACUGGUUCACUAUUUUUUUAAUUCCUUGCUGUUCAUUGUCAGCUGAUGCUCAGCAGGGUACAAUGGCAUGAUUAGCUUUCAUCCCACUGAUACGUAUUUCUGUCUGCUUGCUGAAUUUAGUUUAGUUUGGCUUUGAAAUAUUACACAAUCUUUUAAACUUUGUGUAUAGGGAGUUUUCAAACUUCUUUUGCCUUAGCAACUACCAAAGUGAUCUGUCUAGCUCUUGCCAGUACGCUUAUUGGAAAAAUGGUAAACAAAAAUCAAAAUUUCACUUAACAUUCCUUUUGGUUUGGUUAGGUGUAGCUCACAUCAAAUUUAUAAUCUUAUGAUGAAAGUAUUUCCUGAGAACUGACUGACUGCUACCAAUAGGACUGCUAAUUCAGUUAAACUUAAAUAGAGGUUUAAGGUACUUAAAAGAUAAUAUUUCUUGUUCAAUCAUAUAAAGGUUUCAAGCCUUUCUAAAAUAUAGCUGAACUGACUCAGAUUUCUUAGCAAGAGCCUACUGUACGUGCUAAAGUACAAAAUUUGAGAUGAGUAUUAAAUUGAUGGUCUCAGUUGCAAAUAACCAUAGGCCAGACUGAUUGCAAGGUAAUUGCCGAUAUUAGCUACUUAAUGCUAAUUGCUUUGCUAUGUGGAUUAACUGAAUAUUACACAAAAUACUUUUUGCAAACUAUAAUGAAUUUUAAAAUGAACAGAAUAUAAUUUUGGUUAAACUGAAUGGUGGAGUAAAUGCUAUAGAUGCAUUUAACAUGCCGUUCAUGACAAAAGAUGCAUUUUAUUUUUGGUGUUGCUUUCAUUCAUGGGAAGUUGGUAUCUUAAAGUAUUUUUCUACAAAAAUGUGUAUGUGCAAAGGCAAUACUUUAACAUUUUUCAAGGACUCAUGUUUUUAAAUGCUACAGACCAGAGACUGUCUACAUUGAGACUGAAGUUAGUAGCUUUAAAAAAAUGCAAUGUAAGCUUUAAUUUUUAUAUUGUAAUAAUAACUUGCUGUCAACUUGUUUACAUAUUUGUAGGAGGGAAAGCUUCAUUAUGUAUUGACUUAUCUUGAUACUAUCUUUAAUAAAUGCUGCUUUGAGCAGGA